AUCUGCGGGUGGGGGGUCCCUACCAAACACACUCCAAUGGAGAUGCGGUGACAUUAGCUCAGCCCUCUCCUCCAGGACCCCCAAUUUUCUUUCCAUCCGCCAGGCAGAGCGGCCUGCCUCGCCUUCAGGGUCAGACUGCAAUAAAUGCAGGGUGGCCACGAGUAACAUGCCGCUAUGGGUCCUCCCUCUGCACCCCAAAGCUCCCCUCGGUGACCUCAUCAGGGAAGCAACAUUGAAGUUGGGUCUGGCCCGCCUUGCCGGGGAAGAGCCGGCCUAAAAAGGACUGGCUGCUGCUGGGCCAGCCUGGGCAAAACAUCCGCUGGGACUCAGGCAUGCCGGGAAUGUCUUGAGGCGGUGGCUCCUUGGCCGCCUUUGGAGUCUUUCCCCAAAUAUGGUGCGUGGCUUCGGCCACCGAGAAUUGGCUCUCCUGGGCUGAGGGGGAGGACCAGGGUGAUGUCAUGGGCCGGAGGGCUGGGGCUUUUUAGCCCCCCCACCCAGCCGCCUCUGGCUGCAGAGUCCCGGGCAGAGCAGCAUCUGGGGACCCUCGGAGUCGCAGCUCACCCUCCUCCUGCAGAUAUGGCAAACAAGGGGCCUUCCUUUGGGCUGAGCAGAGACGUCCAGGCCAAGAUUGAGAAGAAAUAUGAUGACGACCUGGAAGAGCGCCUGGUCGAAUGGGUGGUGGCCCAGUGUGGGGCUGAUGUGGGGCGCCCCGAGCGUGGGAGGCUGGGCUUCCAGGUCUGGCUGAAGAAUGGCAUCGUCCUCGGGAAGCUGGUCAAUAGUCUUUACCCCAGUGACUCCAAGCCUGUGAAGAUCCCAGAUCCUCCUCCCACCAUGGUCUUCAAGCAGAUGGAGCAAAUUGCCCACUUCCUGAAGGCAGCAGAGGACUAUGGGGUGGUGAAGACAGACAUGUUCCAGACGGUCGAUCUCUUUGAAGCUAAGGAUAUGGCGGCUGUUCAGCGGACUCUGAUGGCCUUGGGCAACCUGGCUGUGACCAAGAAUGAUGGGCAUUAUCGUGGAGACCCGUCGUGGUUCAUGAAGAAAGCCCAGGAGAACAAACGGGAUUUCUCCGAGAGCCAGCUGAAGCAGGGCAAGAAUGUGAUCGGCCUGCAGAUGGGGUCCAACCAAGGGGCGUCACAGGCGGGCAUGACAGGCUACGGCCGACCUCGGCAAAUCAUCAGCUAAGCCGAGCCCAGCUGCUGCCUGCCGCUCCCUCCCGGCCAACCUUCCCGCUCUUGCUAGCAGCCCAGCAACUCUGUGCCCCUGCUGCUGCCGCCACCAGUGCCAGGCUGCAAUGGGUACUCCACAGGGAACCUCCCGCCAUGCCCCCCCAGCAGGUCCCAGAAGGGGCCCCACACCCAAGGACUCCUGCUGCUGCUGCAUAGCAACAGCCGGCCACAGGCCUCUGCAUGCUCCCCGCUUGCCCCCCACACAGCCCGGCCUGCUUUGGCCACCUCACGCAUCCUGGUGCUGCUGGAAGCCUUCUCCCAGCUGCAGAAUCGAACUUGGCUGAAAUUGCCCCAGAAAAGGGCAACCCUCCAAGAGUGCAGAACGGAGGCUACUCUUUUGUAUUUUUUUUGGUUCAUCAGAUUAAAAACUAUGAAUCUUUUAGGUU